UACAUCAAUCCCAUCCGAUUGAAAUCUUUUAUCAUUCUCCAUCAAUUCAAUUCAGGUCUCUGCUCUCCUGAUCUCAAUUGAUCAGUUGGCUUACCUAAAACCUUUGAUUUCAAUUAAUCCAAGAAGCACCGAUGGGUAAGAACGAUUUUCUAACACCGAAGGCGAUUGCGAAUCGAAUCAAAGCCAAAGGUCUUCAAAAGCUUCGAUGGUAUUGUCAGAUGUGUCAGAAACAAUGCCGAGACGAGAACGGAUUCAAGUGUCAUUGUAUGAGCGAAUCUCACCAGAGGCAGAUGCAAGUCUUCGGGCAGAAUCCCACUCGUGUUGUCGAUGGCUACUCUGAAGAAUUCGAGCAGACGUUUCUCGAUCUGAUGCGGCGGAGCCACCGUUUCUCUCGUAUCGCCGCCACUGUUGUCUACAAUGAGUAUAUUAACGAUAGGCAUCAUGUUCAUAUGAAUUCGACUGAGUGGGCGACGUUGACUGAGUUCAUCAAGCAUCUCGGGAAGACGGGUAAGUGUAAGGUUGAGGAGACUCCUAAAGGUUGGUUCAUUACUUAUAUUGAUAGAGAUUCAGAGACUUUGUUUAAGGAGAGGUUAAAGAACAAGAGAGUUAAGAGUGAUUUAGCUGAGGAGGAGAAACAAGAGAGGGAGAUUCAGAAGCAGAUUGAGAGAGCUGCUGAGAAAUUGAAUGCUGGUGGUGGUGAAGGUGAAAGCAGUGGUAAGGAAGUUGUUGAGGAUAGUGAUGAGAAGAUGAAAGAGGAAGAGUUGAAGUUGAAGAGUGGGGUUAAGGUUGGGUUUGCUCUUGGUGGAGGGGUUAAACAGGUUGCUACGGGUAAAGAGAAAGUGGAGAUCUCGAAAAUCGUGUUUGAGGAGGAAGAGAAUGAGAAGGCUAAGAAUGGGGAGAAGAGGAAGAGAAGCGGGGACUCGGGAAGGAACGAGAAGGAGAAGAGAUCAGCUUUGGAUGAGUUGAUGAAGGAGGAAGAGAAGAAGAAGGAGAGGAUGAAUCGUAAAGAUUACUGGUUGUUCGAAGGGAUUAUUGUGAAGGUGAUGAGUAAGGCUUUGGCAGAGAAAGGAUACUAUAAGCAAAAAGGUGUCGUGAAGAAAGUGAUUGAUAAGUAUGUUGGGGAGAUCGAAAUGCUUGAUUCUAAGCAUAUGCUGAGGGUUGAUCAGGAGGAGCUAGAGACCGUGCUUCCACAGAUAGGAGGGAUAGUGAAGAUAGUGAAUGGGGCAUAUCGUGGUUCUAAUGCAAGGUUGCUGGGUGUGGAUACAGAGAAGUUCUGUGCUAAAGUGCAGAUCGAGAAAGGUGUCUAUGAUGGAAGAGUCAUCAAGUCCAUUGAGUACGAGGACAUAUGCAAACUUGCUUAGUAUAUCUUUAGACUAUAUCGGUCAUUGGUUUGCUUAAUAUAGUUUUAUUAUCUUUGAGAAAUCUUGUGAUGGUUUGAUCAAAGCUGGAAAGGCAUAGAGUAGACACAUAGACUUCUUUGAAGUACCAUGUUCUUCCAUUUUUCCAUUCUCUGUUCUCGCAUCAUCAUCCUUAACAAGUUCUUCUGUAGUCGUA